AUAACAUGCUUCGAUAAUACAGUAUAUAUUCUUCCACCCAACCUGGGGCUUCACACUAUUAUUAAUAUUUUUUAAUUCAAAUUAAUUUAUGUGUUUGUUUCCCAGAACUCAGACAUCCUCAACACAGCGGUGCUGAACGGUAAGAUGGUGUCUGUGCCAGUGAAGGUGUUGGGAGUGGAGACAGACGGCUCCGUCAGUGACAUUACUAACUCGACUCGCUGCUCAUCCACAGACGAAGACACUCUUAAGGUGUCUGAGAGGUGCGACUAUGUCUAUGUGAACGGGAAGGAGAUGAGAGGAAGGGUGAGGAUGAUGCUGAACUUCACUUACAGCUACCUGAGCACCCAGCUGGAGGUGAGUGUAUGGAUGCCUCGCCUUCCACUGCAGAUCGACAUGGCUGAUCCUGAGCUCAGCCAGAUCAAAGGAUGGAGGGUCCAAGUUUCCACAGCCAGCCAGAAACCGAGUUGGGAUAGUGAAGAGGAUGAUGAGAAGAAGGUAAGAGGAUGCAUAGUGCAGUAUCAGCACAGCCAAAUACAAGUACUCACAGCCUUCACAGCAGAGGUGUCGAACUCAAGCGCUUCCUCUCCUGAGCACUUCCUGGGUCCUGAGUGGCUGGUGGAUGUGACUUGGCUGGUCCGGUACUCUCUGAAGGUUGGGAACACAAGCAUUGCUCAGCUGCACAGAGCAACUGUCCUCAGUGGCAGAGCUCCUGGAGUCACCACUGUCCAGGUGAUGUCCCCCUUGUCCGACUCCAUCCUGGGGGAGAGGAAAGUGCAAGUGCUGGAUGAUAAAGUGAGCAUCACAGAUCUCAGUGUGCAGCUGGUGUCAAACCUCUCUCUGUCAUUUCAGCCCAGUCCGGGCAGCAACAGGGCCAUCACAGCCAUGGUCACCACUCAGGACACCAUGCACAACCCCAAACAGGAGGCAGUUGUUGCAUGUUGGCUGCACUUCAGUGAUGGCUCCUGGGCUCAUCUCAACUUGUUUGAUCCCACCAGCUAUAAGCUCACAGUCUCCUCACUGGAUAACAGUGUGGUGUCUGUAAGAAAAGUCCCAGGCCAUGUCAUGGUGGCCGAGUCAGAGGGAUGGGGCGUGCUGAUCAGAGCUGAGCUUGCCAUCUGUGAAGCCUGUCAGAAGUCCAGACGCAAGAGCAAGCUUAUUGUUGGUGCUGGCAAUGUGACGGUCAAAUUCCUUUCGUCUGAGAACAGAAGGACUCAAACCAAAGCCAAAUUGAUCCUGACCCCCUUUCAAGGUCUCAUCAGGAGGGACAUAAUCACUGGAAUACAAGAGGGCACCAUAAGAAAUAUCUCUGCAACAUCAGCCAAGUCCAGGCUGCAAGAGGCAAUAGGAGGGGAUCUCUCUACCAUCAGGGUGAUUAGCAGCAUCAAGGGUAUGACCGCUACAAAGCCUGACACUCAAAAUGGUCUUAGUACAGUCAAUCCAGUUAAAAUUUUGACAACGAUUUCAGACUUACCACCUGAACCCAAACAGGAAGUGCCUAAACAUGAGCAAGAUUUAGUGUGGACAUUUGGCAUCUUUACACAUGUUGAGAUCUGCAUUUACCUGUUCCUAGGAUUAUCCUGCUUGUCAAUUAUUAUCUUCCUGAUUAACUGUUACACUCCGAAUGCAAGGUUGCAUGGUAGGAAAUCACCUGUGCAGUGCCAAUGUCCAAAUGAGCACACACAUCACUGGGUGCGCCUGGGCAUGGCUACAGAACAAUCUGAUGCCAUACCAAUUGAAACCACAGACAACCACCAUCAAAAGGUGCCAUGUACAACAGAAGAAAGUACAAAACCUGCUAUGCAGCACUCCACAGAAAGGAUUGCAACCCUGGGUAGAAAGUGCAACACUCUGCCUCUGAGAACCAAUCCUGUGGCACUCAAAUCAGCUGGUCCACUUGCAAAGCCAACAAGGGAUGAACCACUGCACUCCCCAACUAGCAAGAGGAACCAGGUUCAGUUUACAACCUUCACCACUCUUGACAUCAAGCACUUGGCAGCACUCAAGAGAAAUUGGUUGGAAGUUAGCUGGACCAACCAAGGAUCAAAUCCUGCAGCUAAUCAGGGAGAACAGGCCAAUGUCAACAGAGCAGAGAGUCAAAGCAUAGAGCGCCCUGAACCUGAAGGUCUUUCUGAAAUUCCUUGGCCAGUGGUAAAAGCAUUGGUACAGGGAAAAUGAACAUACAUACAAUAUUUUGUGCAUAUAUUUGUCCACAAUCAAAAACUUAUUUUAAAGAUUCUGCUUCAAAUCAACCAAAAGUCAUAUGUUAUCUACAAACGUUGCUUCUUUAGCUUUGUACUGGAGCUACGAUGCCUAUGUAGGCAAAACUCCUUUACCUAUUAUGCUGUAAUGAUGUUAUAUUGUUGCACUUAACAUUACAUUUGUGCAAUUAAAACUUUACACUGAUUAUUUCAUUCAAACGGUUAGGAUUUUACACCAUUAUAUUUCUGUUAUAUUAUCAUGCUAUUACACUGUCAUGUACUACAAACUAAGCAUGACUGGUUAACUCCAUUCUCAUGCUAACUUUAGCUAUAUGUAAUCUGUGGAAUUUUGGGUAUGAAAUGAUGUACACGGUCAGCAACAAUAGGCAGUGAGAUUCAAAUGUUUAUUGAUUGGUAUUAAUGGGUACAAAUUGUGCAAAGAAAACAUUUUCCACACCAUAUUCAGUCUGAAGUCUGGCUAGAUUUGGCUGGAUGUUUCGUCUUCGUACUGAUCUGUCUGUUGUGAUUGAAAUUAAAUGCUAAGAUCAGACCGACUGGCACCGACAAUCAUUCAAAAUAAAUAAAUAAAUGGAUUGGUAAUCAAGAGUGGUAAUCAAUUAAAUUAUUCCUAAUUAACCCCAAAUAAAGAUCUGCUGUUUCUGUUGGAUUUUUUCAUCCACCUGCUGAAGCCAUGAUCUUGCAUACUAUAAUUCUUUUGCCCCAAAACAUUAGAAGUACCCUAAAACACAGAAAAAGACUUAAUCAAGACACAGAGAAAACAGAACACCACACUAACAUCAUCAACAUCACCAAGUACAGGACGUUCAUUCAAAAUUCAUACAAUUCACAAUCACAAAUUCAUAAUGCCAAGACAUUCAACAGCAGCAUUAAAGAACUGCAGGAAUAUCGGACAUAUACUGGACAUCGGACAUAUACUGAUUACUCUCUGUAUAUGACAAGAAUCUCUUGUCAUAUACAUAUUC